CCACAAACUCCGCGCUACCGUUGUAUUGUUUUAAUAAAAAUCUUCAGAAUCGGAGAUUUCCUUGAGGAUGCAGGUACAUUAGGACACCCCUAUAACGGCGCCUGAACUUCAGCGUUAUCAUGAAAAACACGUGGAUUUAUUAAGGUUAUGUUGUCAAAGACAGUAGAUAAGGGGCAGCUUUCGAGCAGCGCCGCACGACGACUGUCGAUAAACGUUCAUUCGUCCCACCGCCGCCAUAGAGGCCAGGCGUGUUUACUGUUCAUGUGAUAACAGGAAUUGAAAAUACCCGGGAAAGCAAUCAUGGAUAAGGAACACGCCCUUGAGGAGAUGAUGGGAAAGCUUGGUGAUUUCGGGAAGUACCAAGCGUUCCAGUUCUUCCUGCACAUCCUGGCGGCUAUGACAGCUGGACUUCAUAUGCUGUCCUUGGUCACGGUGGCGGCAGUACCAGAGCACAGGUGUUUCCUGUCUGGAAUAGACAGUUCUAAUUAUACGGAAGCCUGGAACUCUUCCUUGGUUCUUGAAGCUAUACCAUUGAAUGAACAUGGAAGACUGGAUUCUUGUAAGGUAUACGGAGAAAAUAAGACCCUAGAGGAAUGCACAUCUUGGGUAUACGAUACACAAUACUUUACCUCUUCUCGUGGUAUUGAAUGGGAUUUUGUGUGCAGUAGGCGCUGGAUGGGGGCAGCUGCGCAGACGGCCUAUAUGUUUGGCGUCGUCAUUGGAUCGAUCGUCCUCGGUCGGUUGUGUGAUAAAAUCGGACGAAAAACCGUCUUUGUCUGGGCGGGAAUUCUUCAGUUGAUAUUUGCUGCCUCAGUAGCUUUCUCGACCGAUUAUUAUAUGUUUGUAACGAUACGAUUUCUAUACGGUAUAUUUGGGUCCGGCUCAUACAUCGCAGGAUUCGUACUUACUAUGGAACUCGUAGGACCAAGCAGGCGUACGUUGUGUGGCGUCACUUUCCAAAUUAUGUUUGCGAUUGGUAUAAUGCUCAUUGCGGCGUGGGGAUAUCUCAUAGACAAUAGAUUCUAUUUACAAAUUGUUUAUGCAUCGCACGCGAUUAUUCUUUUACCUCAUUGGUUUUUAAUGGACGAAUCUCCAAGGUGGCUUUGGACGCAAGGCAGAGCCCGUGAAUGCGUAGCUAUAAUUAAAAAGGCUUUGAAAAUGAAUAAUUCUUCCGAAACGAUUGACGCGUCGUCGCUAGUCUCUCAGUGUAAAGCUAAGAACGCCAAAUAUGCAAAUGAAGAAGCGGCGGGAACUCUUGACCUUUUCAAGUCACCAAAUAUGCUCAAAAAAACCUUGAUAAUUUGCGGUUGUUGGUUUGCGAAUUCAGUUGUUUAUUACGGGCUGUCGUUGAACACUGGAAAGUUAAAUGGAAAUCCAUACUUUAUAUUUUUCCUUAUGGGCGUGGUAGAGAUGCCUAGCUAUGUGAUUAUUAUGCUUUAUCUAGACCGCGUUGGACACAGAGCGCUUAUAAGUGCAAUGAUGUUGUUUGGAGGAAUUGCUUGCGUUGCCGUUGUGGCCUUGCCGCACGGAUCCAUGGCCGCGACGGUGGUCGUCAUGAUUGGAAAGCUAUUUAUUUCCGGAUCCUAUUCAAUCAUUUACAAAUAUUCGGCUGAGUUGUUCCCUACUGUUAUCCGUAGUUCCGGUGUUGGUUUGGGAAGUAUGUGCGCAAGUGUAUCGGGAGCUUUGACGCCAUUGAUAAGUUUAUUAGACACUUUGAAUCCUAAAAUACCGACAUUUGUUUUUGCAGUGUUAGCUUUAUUAUCAGGGUUUUCGGCAUUUUUCCUUCCCGAGACAAUUGGGAGAGACUUGCCGCAGUCAAUAGAAGAUGGGGAAAAGUUCGGCGUUGGUGAUAACUGUUUUACUAAUUGUAGCGGACGACGCAUGAGUGUAGAUUCUGUUGACGUACCCGAAACCAUGGUACCUUUAGACGGAGAGAAAAAACAAUAACCUAAAACUAACGCUGCGCAAAUGACACCAGUUUCAUUAAAGUAUUCUUAAAUGUUUAUUCGAAAUGCAUCAAAAAUUCAGAAUACAUAUGAAAUUAUGCAGCAAUACAUGUAUUUCUUGGAAGUGUUAUAUUUAUUUCAAAAUUAUUAUAAAGACUUUCGAAAAGUAAGGUUACCUUUAAAAUUUUCCAAUUAAAUAUACAUGUGUUUAUAGUUAUUUUACAUAAUUCAGGUAUAAGGCACACGUUUUUGUAAUUCCAAAUUGAGACCUUUAAAAGCUAUACGUAUCAUAUUGUUUAUAGGGUUGGUGACAUAAGUUACGAGCUUAAAAACCUCCAAUAAAUUAAAUAGGUAUAAGUUAUAGUUUAGCGGAACUAGUUAUAAAAACCUAAUGUCAGUAGACAAGUCGAAAUUGGCAUUUAUAUUUUUAUUACUAUCUAGUCCUUAUUGAAACAAUUAGACUGGAUUUUAAUAUUAGGUUGUUAUUGACUGUACAACAGUGCCUGGUUGCAGUACGUAUUAAAAGAUCGUCUGUGUAAAAUGUUUGUAAGAGAAUUCUGCCCUAAUAUUUUUCAUAUAAUUUGUUUUCUUUUGCUCAAUAACAAUUAUAAAACGUAAACUAAAUAUUUAUUUCAUGUAUAUUUAAAAUACUAUACCAUCUCUAGUCCACUUUUUAUUAGGCCGUUUUAGUGAAUAAUUCGAUCAUUUUCUUGCAUGUUAUCAAGUCUUAUUCAAAUAUCACGCUGCGAUUUACUCGAAAGUUCUGUACUGUUCUCGGUACAAUGUUAUAGGUUAAAAAAGGUUUGGCGUAUACUGACGUAAUUAUUGUUUAUUUAGUGAAACAGGUUUUAAUGAAUUUGCUUAUAUGUUUGUACAGUGUAGGCAACGUGUUAAUAUUUAUUGUUUUUUUUUUAAUUGAAUGGCAAAGUAUUCAUUUUAUAAGUAUCAAUUAUUGGGAAUACUUGUAUGUAAAUUAUAAACUAUUUGGUGUUUGAAAAUAUUAUCUUUCGCGUCUUAAGUGUUCGAGAUAUGCUAGUGUUUCACAUAGAAUGUUAAUUUUAAGUAAUUGUGACAAACAAUUAAAUAUUUCACUCUUAUCUUAACUUUAGGUAUAUAUUUAGGUAUGCUUUUAGUAUCUCUAACAAUUUCGUACUAAACAGGGCAACAUAAAUAUACCUAUGUAAGGGCAUAAUACAUUUUUCAUAAAGAAAAUGUUAACUUCUAAAGAGAUUUUACAUUAGAUAUUCAAUAAAAAAUUUAUAGUAAGUACAUUUAUCUAUUUCCACAGAUCAAAUAUGUUUAUUAAAUUAUCCAAGUAAAUUCUGUUCUGAGAAGAAAGUAUUGGUGCUAAUUUAUUAUUACGUACUAGGGUAAAACUAGUCAAAUUAAGUCUGAAUUUGCAAUUCAGGAUAAUUGGUGAAUACUGCAUUUAAAACUAACGCAUUUUGUCCUCAAUUCUACUGAAAUGAAUUGAAGAUUAAUUUAUAACUUAAUAGUCAGUGUGAUCUAUAGUCUGUGCCAACUGUUUGCCAUUAUUUGUGCCUUAUAACUAGACUGCCUUCUGUAAUAAGUUUUUAAUCACAAUUAUUGUUAUGAGUAUUUAAUUAUAGCGGAAAUUAUACGUAAAAUACUUUUACCUUUGAUAUUUUUGUAUUUAUAGGGUAUAUACGGUGAGUGUUCAUCUAAGAAUUAAAAAAAGCCUUACCACACGCGAAUCUAUGAAUGCAAUAUUACCAUGUUGGUUAGUCGCUCACCUAUGUAAUUAAGGUUAAUCGACAUAAAGUUUGACUGAAAAACUAAAUUGUAUUUUGUGACAGGGUUUUAGGAUUGCUAAAUUAAUAGGAUAAGGUGCUUUUGUACGUACGUUACUGUGUAAAGAUUACCUUAAUAUUCAUUUUUCUGUGUCAUAUUUUUUUACAUUGUUUUCUAAAUAAAGUUUUAAUUAUUA